AUGUCCAGCGACGCAGCCAACGACCCCGAGAUCCUCGCUCAUGUCCAGCAGUUCUGGGAGGGCCGCAAGCCUAGCAGCCCCAUCUACCAGUUCCUGCUCGACGACAUAAAGCUGACCUAUGCCUCCAAAGGCGUCGUGCGCGCGCAGCUGCCGCUUACCAAGAACCACGUGAACACGCACGGAAGCAUCCAUGGCUCUGUCUCCGCGACCCUGAUAGACUGGGUUGGUGGCAUCGCUAUCGCAGCUUGGGAUAACCGGAGCAAGGCAGGAGUGUCGACAGACAUUCACAUCUCGUAUUUGAGCGGGGCUAAGGAUGGUGACACCAUUGAAAUUGAGGGCAAGGCAGGAAAGGUUGGCGGAACCCUCGCUUUCACCACAGCGACCAUCUGGAAGCUUGUCGAUGGCAAGCCAGGUCCAAUUGUAGCCACUGGAUCACACACGAAGUUUAUAAAGAUAUAA